AUGGCAGCUGUAAUCGGCUCGGUAGCCCCUUUUGAUAAUGCAACUCAGUCUUGGGAAGAGUAUAGUGAAUUGUUGGACUGUUUCUUCGAAGCUAAUGAUAUUAAAGAGCCAGAAAGACGGAAGGCUGUACUUUUAAGUGGAGUUGGUGCUACUACUUAUAGCUUGCUGAGGAAUUUAGUCAGUCCUGAAUUGCCAAAAGCAAAAACGUAUGAGCAGCUUACUGCGGAGCUUAAGAAACACUUCAACCCCACACCAAGUGAAAUCGUGCAAAGAUUUAAAUUUAAUUCACGCAUACGGAAGAGCGGUGAGUCAAUAGCUGAGUAUGUGGCUGAAUUGAGGAAAUUAGCACUGCAUUGUGACUACAAAGAUGCAUUGUCGGAAAUGUUAAGGGACAGAUUGGUGUGUGGAGUGAAUGAUGACCGAAUGCAACGGCGACUUUUAUCUGAAACGAAACUGACUUUUGAUAAGGCUUUGGAAUUAUGCCAGGCUAUCGAAUCAGCAUCGAAAGAUGUGAAAGAAAUGCAAGGGAAGCUAGCCGAGGACACAGCACUGCAUGCACGUGUGCCAAAGACUCAAGUAGGUGUCCACAAAGUAUCUGCUGACAAAACUCAGCGCAAAUUUCCCAGUUGUUAUCGCUGCAAAGGCCAGCACAGUGCCGCUGAAUGCAAGUUUGCCACUGAGCUGUGUCAUAACUGUGGCAAAAGAGGGCACAUUAAGAAAGCUUGUAGAUCGAAGGCGGGCAAUUCACAUGUGCAGAAGGCAACAUUCAAAGGGCAAAAAGGCGAAAGCAGAGGCCCAGGAAAAGAACAGCGAGCGAAUCAACUUAGAGGGGAGGAAGGAAGUGAUACAGAGGACAUGAGUUUUCAUACAAUUUACAGCAUGUCAGAAGAGCUGACCAAGGUAGCGCCCAUCACACGCACCAUGAAUGUCAAUGGAAAGAAAGUCACAUUUGAAGUUGAUACUGGUUGUGGAAUAACCAUAUUAAGCAAACAGCAAUACACACAACUGUGGAAGGAAACAGACACCGCAGAAUUAAAGCCCUGCUCGCUAAAAUUAAAAACAUACACAGGAGAGAAGUUAGGAGUGCUGGGAAUGGCACAAGUGAAGGUGCAACAUGGAAACAAAGAAAAGAACUUACCUGUUGUAGUAGUUGGAGGCAAAGGACCAAACCUUCUAGGGCGAAGUUGGCUACAAGAGCUGGCCAUGAUGGAUCAGUUAGUGACCCAGGUGAAAUCGCAGCCCAAGUUGCAGCUGGAGGGGAUUCUCGAAAGACACGCUGAGGUGUUCAAAGAAGGGUUAGGACAGCUCAAGGGUGUCACGGCGAAGAUUACUGUGGACAGGGAGGCCCAACCACGAUUCUGUAAACCCCGACCGGUACCCUAUGCAGUCAAGCCACUGGUUGAAAGCGAGCUACAGAGGCUCCUGGAUGACAAGAUAAUAGAGCCAGUGCAGGUUGCAGAGUGGGCGGCGCCCAUAGUCCCAGUGCGAAAACCGGAUGGCUCCAUUAGAAUAUGUGGGGAUUACAAACUCACUGUCAAUAGAGCAUCGCGGGUGGAUCAGUAUCCAAUUCCCAAAGUGGAGGACCUUUUCGCACAGCUGAACGGGGGGCAGCAUUUCACGAAAUUAGACAUGAGUCAUGCAUACCAACAGGUAGUCUUAGAAGAAGAAUCCAGAAAGUACGUAACCAUCAAUACACACAAAGGCUUGUAUACCUAUACACGCUUACCAUUUGGAGCAGCUUCUAGUCCUGCUAUAUUCCAGAGAACAAUGGAGGGCAUCUUAGGUGGAAUUCCAAAUGUUGCCAUUUAUUUGGAUGACAUACUUUGUACAGGACCAAAUGAACAAGAACACCUGAAAACGCUGGAGGAAGUACUUCAACGGUUGGAGAAAAGCGGCCUGAGGUUGAAAAGAGGCAAGUGUGAGUUCAUGGGAAAAGAGGUGACGUUCCUAGGCCACAAGAUCAAUGCCAGUGGUCUACACCCUCUGACAGAGAAAGUGGAAGCAAUCGCGGAAGCACCUGAGCCACAAAAUGUUAGUGAGUUAAAAGCUUACCUGGGCUUGUUGAACUACUACCAUAGGUUCCUCCCGAAGCUCUCCACACUGCUAGCACCGCUGCAUACCCUGCUAAAGAAAGAAGAGAAAUGGUCAUGGGGGGUGAAGCAGCAGAAGGCAUUUGAAGAGUCCAAAGUGCUACUUCAGUCCUGUAGAGUGUUGGUACACUACGACUCAAACAAACCACUCAUCUUAGCGUGUGACGCAUCACCCUACGGUGUGGGAGCCGUACUCUCUCAUCGUAUGGCAGAUGGCUCAGAGAGACCUAUAGGGUUCGUCUCAAGAACUCUCAGUGGAGCUGAGAAGAACUACUCCCAAUUGGACAAGGAAGGCCUUGCGGUAGUUUUCGGAGUGACAAAGUUCCAUAAAUACCUGUAUGGGAGACAGUUCGCAAUAGUGACUGAUCACAAGCCACUAAUUUCACUGUUCAGUGAAAUGAGAGCCAUACCUCAGAUGACAUCUCCUAGGAUUCAGAGAUGGGCAGUCACGUUAGCGGCGUAUGAGUACACCAUCAUGUACAAAGUGGGCCGAGACCAUACGAACGCUGACGCGUUGAGUAGGCUACCCUUGGAUGGGGAAGGAGAGAGCACGCCUGAGGAGGAGGAGAGAGUGCUGCUGUUUGAGGACAUCGGCGUGCCACUGGUGAACGCACAGCAAAUUAAGAAAUGGACGGACAAAGACCCUGUGCUAGCAAGAGUGCGUGAAUACAUCUUGCGAGGCUGGCCAAAGGUGAACAGUCCUGAGUUCAUUCCAUACGCCCGACGCCAGGAUGAGCUCAGUACCAAGGAAGGAUGUAUCCUGUGGGGAGGACGUGUUGUUGUUCCACAACUGGGACGCAAUGCCUUACUGAAACAACUACACCAAGCACACCCCGGCAUCACCCGAAUGAAAGGGUUGGCGAGAAGUUACAUGUGGUGGCCAAACAUCGAUGCAGAGGUGGAGGCGCUUGUGAAAGCGUGUGCGACCUGCCAGGAAACCCGGAACAGUCCUCCAGUGGCCCCAUUACAUCCCUGGGAAGUUCCUGAUAAACCAUGGAGGAGAAUCCACAUCGAUUAUGCGGGUCCAUGGAUGGGAAGAAUGUGCCUGAUCCUUGUGGAUGCGUACUCAAAGUGGAUCGACGCAUAUUCUGUGAGUAACUCUACAUCUGCAGUUACCAUUGAAUGUCUUAGAAGGAGUUUCAGUCAACAUGGCAUACCUGAAAUCAUAGUGUCAGAUAAUGGUACCUGUUUUACGAGUGAACAGUUCCAAGAGUUUGCUGAAAAGAAUGGCAUACGUCAUAUCACAACUGCGCCAUACCAUCCUUCUUCUAAUGGCUUAGCCGAGAGGGCUGUGCAGACGUUCAAGUCACUCAUGAAGAAGAUGGCAGGAGACUCUAUUGAAACGAAAAUGUCCCGAGCUCUGUUCAGCUAUCGCAUAAUACCCCAAUCUACAACUGGCAAGUCACCAGCUGAGUUGUUGAGUGGUAGGAAGUUGAGGUCAACUCUUGACUUAAUAGAUCCAGACUUUAGAAACAGAGUACAUGACAAACAAGAGAAACAAAAGGGUUAUCAUGACAUGCAUGCGCGAGUGAGAAUACUUGGAGAGGGAGACUUAGUCUACACACGCAACUUUGGCUCAGGACCAACCUGGGUAUCAGGAGUAAUAACAGAGAAGACAGGCCCUGUGUCAUUCCAAGUUACUUUAGGUAAUGGACAAGUUGUGAGACGACACAUCGACCAAGUGCGUGGUAGAAACUCCACCCCACCGGCGAUGACAACAGAGGUCUUGCCUGACUCCUCACCUGAGGAGGACAUCGCUGAACCACCACUUCAGGUAGUACCUGAGGUAGCCAUCUCCACUGAUUCUACUGACAGCACUGCAGCAGAAGCAACUGGGGAACAGCCAGAGUCUUCACCUGUAGUUGACUCACCAGCGGUGAGAAGAUCUCAGCGAACCAGAAAAGCUCCAGAUUACUUGAAGGACUAUACUUAG